AUGCCGCCGUUUUCAUCGCCUCAAGGCAAUGCACCGCAGACGCUGGCUGCUCUGUGGUGCCUUGUAGCCCUGGCCUUGGUAUUCGUCCUCCUCAGGCUUUAUACCCGGUAUAAAGUCAUUGAUGCUAUAGGGAUAGAUGAUCAUCUCUUCAAUAUUGCAUUCGUCCUCCUGGUCACAUACUGCGUUCUGAUCACGAUAUCUGCCUUCUAUGGCUUCGGAUUAAUUCGCGACGACGUGCCCGAUCCAUGGGAUCGAUCAAUGGUGAUAAUUCUCACAAAUGCUGGGCAGACUGUUGUUGGAGUUGCGGUCUGGAUUUCCAAGACCGCUCUGGCUUUCUUUCUGCUGCGCAUCUUCGGCGCAUGUGGUCGAAAGACGCGGUGGACGAUUAUACUGCCGCCUGCUCUUCUUGGGCUGUUUGUGACAUCGGGACUUCUGGCAUUCUGGCUUGAAUGUCGGCCGAUAUCUUUUCUGUGGGACCGGCUGAAUCCGGAUGGAGUCUGCGGUGACAGUGCCGUGUACUUGAACCUCAUUGCCGCCAUCCUGAGCUUCUUCUGUGAUUUUAUUUUCGCGGCUCUACCGUGGUGGACCCUCAAGAAUAUCCAGAUGCCACCUCGGGAGAAGAACAUUGUGCUGUACAGUCUUAGCUUGGGCAUUUUCGCGGGCGCGUGUGGCAUAAUGAGAGCAGUCGAGCUGCCAUCAAUGUCUGAUGGGGAAUACAUGAGAGACAGAGCAGCAUUAAUCAUCUGGCAUGCAGCAGAGCUGACAGUCACCAUGGUUGCCAUCGGAAUUCCAGUUUGCCGGCCCCUGUGGAAAGACUGGGUGAGUCGGCUGCUGCCAGGCAGCGAAAUGGACCAGAGGUACUCGGCCAGUUACUUUAGUGGUCAGCAGCGGACUAUUGGAGGCUCCGAAAUGUGGCCAUCCAAAGGUGACGAUUCAAAGCCGAGGUCAAAGUCCAGAAAGGGUAGCAAGGGCAGCAAGUCCUUGCCGAGUAAUAUCAUUGACUCAGACGAUAUCGAGAUGAUGGACACACGGAAUACAGGAGGAAGAGAUGACAUCGACAAUCGCGCAAUGCGCAUGCCUGGGGCAAAGGGUCUGUGA